AUGGAAAAGGGGGAGAUCUUAUGGUCAGAGUGUCUCUUUGUGUUUGGCGUUGCUGCGGCUGGUGGCACUUCCUUGAUCUUGACGGGAGACAUGGAGUGGAAUAAGACGGCAAGCACCGUGUGGAAUGCUAUGGUUUCCAAGGGGGGUGAAAAGGUGACGGUGUGGGCCGUAGGAUUCAGCGCACUCUCUCGUGCGUUGUUGGUGGCCAGUCAUCGCCCCACAAUUGCAAACUUGCUGGUCGAACCCCAACCCAUUUCGCCCCGGUCGGACAUUGUUGUACUCUCGUUAUCGACACUUUUGGUGAAGAGCUAUGAGAAACUGAAGGGUGCUUCUCCACUGACACCAAUACAAGCUGCCUGGUUGCUCAUUGCUAUGCAGGAGGGCAGUAUGUCACUGCAUGAUCCUUCGGAAACAAGGAUGACAUGGUUGAGUUGUUUUCUUCCCUUUUCACAAAGGGCGACCAGAGUUCCACUGAAGGCGGCAGCAAAUGCCUUUCUCUUUAUCGAUUCAGUAACAAGGGCAGGCGAGGUUAAGGUGUGCUGUUCAGCUCUCAAGACUAUUCCUGCCGAAACACAGGUGCGAUUGCAUCUGGGAACUUCGUUUGACGCCGCCGUGUGUGUGGAGGACGGCUUGAAACUUCAAUGGGAGAAUUAUUGCCGUAGUACAGAAUGCUUAGUGCUCGGUGUUUUAUAA